UAACUUGAGCGCAGGAGGAUCGUAGGAGGGACACACCCGACGAGCCUCACAUUCGUGUUUCUAUCCUCAGAACCCAAUCACUCGAUCUUGGGAGGGUAUCGUGGCCGUGUUCGAUCUACUAGUCGUGGUCGCAUAUUUCGAGUAAGAUCAGAGGUUUUCAUCAGAUCAGGAUAGGAAGAACAACCCCCCGGAUAGUCUUCUCAGUCAGGUAAACAUCAGUUCUUGUUAUCCGUUUUCGUGCAAAUUCUGUGUAAUGGCCCUGAGUUUGCGCUGCUGUUGCUGUACGAUUCUCUUCCUGUCUUCGUUUUCGUCCUUUAUCUUUCUGUACUGGUCCUAUUUCUCAGUUGGCUGCCGUGCCGGUAUGCAAAUCGCUGUUGAUGAAGUGAAACAAGAGCUUAACCUACUUACGUUUCCGGCUGCUUGGAAUCUCCUUCUCUUCCCCAAUGAAGAGCCACCAAGAUUUCUCAAAAUAGCCCUUUUUGUCAAGAAGUGGCCUCAGUGGCAUCGUGCGGGAGGGCUUGAACGCCAUGCCUUGACUCUGCACCACGCUCUUGCCAAGCGAGGCCAUGAGCUCCAUGUAUUCACCUCUUCAUCCACUAACUUAAGCUCCAUCAAGAAUUUGUAUUUUCACCUCUCAAAGCCAACAGCAGCUGGUUAUCUAGACCAAGCCAUAGUUUGGGAGCAAUUUAUAGUUGAGAACUCGACAGGAAGACACUUUGAUGUGAUACAUUCUGAAAGCGUAGGGCUUAUGCACACUAGAUCGCGUAAUCUGACUAACCUUGCUGUUAGUUGGCAUGGAAUUGCUUAUGAAUCUAUACAUUCCGACAUAAUUCAAGAACUCUUGAGGGAUCCUCAAGUUGCGCAGACGUCUAUUUUGAGUGAAAGAGUAUCGAAAGUUGUGGAAGAAAUAAAAUUCUUCCCUCGUUAUGCUCAUCAUGUUGCCACCAGUGAUCACGUUGGAGAUAUCCUGAAAAGGAUCUAUAUGUUACCAGAAGAACGCGUACACAUUAUUCUCAACGGCGUUGAUGAGGAGAUUUUCAAGCCAGAGGCUUCCAAGGGUGAAGAAUUCAAGUCAAAAUUCGGUAUUCAAGAAUCCAAGUCACUGAUACUUGGAAUGGCAGGGAGGUUGGUCAAGGACAAGGGCCAUCCCCUGAUCUUUGAAGCACUGAGGCAAAUUUUCAAUGAGAGUUCAACGUUCCGUGAUAGUGUCAUUGUUCUGGUGGCUGGAGAUGGUCCAUGGGGUGCCAGAUACAAAGACCUUGGAUCUUCUUUACAUGUUUUAGGGCCAUUAGAGCACGCAGAACUGGCAGGAUUUUACAAUGCAAUCGACGUUUUCGUUAAUCCAACACUUCGUGCUCAAGGGCUGGAUCACACCCUGUUGGAAGCUAUGCUUGUUGGCAAGCCAUUGAUGGCUACAAAACUUGCCAGCAUCACAGGUUCUGUGAUCGUCAGCAAAGACAUUGGAUACACGUUUUCGCCUUCCGUAGAGGCACUGAAGAAAGCUCUGUAUGAGGUGUGGAAAGACGGGAGAGGAGUUCUAGAGCAGAAAGGUCGAUCGGCCAGGAAAAGGGCUUUGCAGCUAUUUACAGCCACCAAAAUGGCUGCAGCUUAUGAAAGGCUAUUUUUGUGCAUUGCGGAGAAACGAGAAGAUAGCAAUCCUUACUGCACUUACAAGACAUAGAGUAGUUUGCAACAGAAAAUCUAAUCGAGAAGUGUGACUGAAGAUCAGCUUUUUGCCGAAGAGGGUACACAGCAACAUCUCUCACCACAUUGAGUCAGCUUGAAAGCUCAGUUCUUCAUCGUCAUAAUGAACUGCUUACAAGGGAUAAAAUCACAAAUUUUUAGUGCUCAGAAUCCUUAGCAGAAGAUGGGUAGAGAUCAGCAUGCACUUUAUCUUACAUGUAUCAAACCCCAUUCUGUUUAAUUACCACAAAUAUCACAUGGUAUAUCAUUCAUUGAC